CCUGCUUACCCAUCGUUUUUACAUCCCCUCUGGAAUCACAUCAUGGAUAUCCCCAUCCAAUAUCCCUGGUACCGUCGGGCUUUCCCACGUCGACUCUCUGACCUCGCCUUGACAGAACCUCUUACUGAUUGGCCGCUACUCUGGCCGUUGCCCUGGUCCUUCUCCUGGCUGCGUCCUUCGUUCAUGCGUUGGUUCAAUUGGUCCGACAAUGGACACAGCGAGAUGCGCAUUGAGAAGGAUCGUUACAUCAUUUAUCUGGAUGUGAAGCAUUUCUCACCUGAGGAGCUGUCUGUCUGUGUCAGUGACGAGUUCAUCACAAUACACGCCAAGCAUGAAGACAGACAGGAUGACCACGGCUUUGUGUCAAGAGAGUUUGUGCGAAAGUACAGGCUUCCUGCUGGCGUGACAGGUGCUGAUAUCACCUCCUGUCUGUCAUAUGAUGGGGUGCUUACAAUCACUGCGCCUCGGUCAUCUCCUGGUCCCGAGCGCAGUAUUCCUAUUUCCUGCGAAGAUGGAACACAGAAACAGAAAAUGUAGAUCUGACGCUUCUAACACUGUUUCACAACUAACCCAAAGUGCUGCCUGUUUUUAUAUUUAACCUCUUACAGUUUUGAUGGCAGUUCAGUACACGUAUACAGUAGGCAAGGCAUACAAGUCUAGAUAUUUUUAAGUGCAAGUGCCUUCUAAUAAACCAGUAUCUCAUUCCUAACUCACUGUUAUUCCGAUGUUUCUGCAAGACAAUGAUGCUUUAAAACCAAAGGCUAAUAUGUUGAACCCAUGAACUGGAGUGAGGUAGAGGAUAAAAACUCCUGAGAGUUAUUUUCCCUAUCACAAGCCUAAAGAAUCACUCUUAAAACCAUACCUCUCUGCCAGAAAUAUUCACACCGCUGUGUAUGUAAAUGACCGAUUACACCUAAUCGUAUUUUGAAAGGCAUUUCCUUUCCUGCAUCAGGCAUUUGAAUGUUAUAUCAUGUCUGUACUGGCCCUGCAGUUUAGUGGCAGAAUUGUAAGCGUUUGUUAACUGAACCCAAACUAGCUUGCAGCGCCUAUUCAUUUUGCAGGAAAUAUACAUUUAAGUGAGUGGAAAUGCAAAUAAUUCUUCUCAAAAUUGUCCACAGAAGAUAAUACCAAACUGAACUUGUUAAAUGUAUAUGUAUCUACAGGACACAGUGCUCUGCUUUGUUUGUGUAUGUGUGAGGAGGAGGUAGUUCUCUGGAGGCAUGUACAGUCAUUUUUAGUUUGUUCACUAAAAAAGGAAGCCACCAUUGGACUUGGGACCAGGUGUGUACUCGUUGAGAGGAAGAAAGAGGGUGAAUGAGCACGAGGGAAGGUUGUGGACGUGGGAGGAACUGAUGUUUGGAGAGAGACAGCUUUCAUCACUGGGCUCCUUUUCUGCUGGGGAGCAUGGCCUCUGAGCUGCUAAGUAAAGUGUGUGUGUGUGCGUGUGUGUGUGUGUGUG